AUUUACACUCUGUACAGCGACUUUAAAUUGUGUCUUAUUUUAAAUAUCCAUUUGUACAGCGACUAUAAAUUGUGUCUUAUCAAAUGGAUAUUUAAAAUAUUUUGUACAUUAUCUGAUGUUGAUUACAGGUUUUAGCAACUAUGGUGGAAACAUAAUACGAGGCAUGUAAAAUGGAAUUUUGUGGUCCGUGCAAGUUUCGCGGUAAAGAUACAAGAGCUGUUAAACACUGCGUUACCUGUCAAGAGCCCCAAUGUAAAACAUGUGCAGAUAUUCACAGUAGUAGUAAAGCAACAAGAUAUCAUCUUCUGUUGAAUAUCGAGGACUUGAAAAUGGAUUCAAAGACAAUAAGGGAUUUAAACCAGUUUCAAAUAUGCAAAGACCAUCCUGAAAAGAAGCUACAGUUCUUCUGUACAGAUCACGGUCAUUUACUAUGCAGCACCUGUUUGUUAAACACACAGCGGCUGAACUGUAAAUCAGUUAUUGAUAUUGAAUCUGCCGGGGAACAACUCACAAAAUGUAAAUUUAAUGAACAAAUCAAUACGGACUUAGAAUGUAUUGUUCACCAUUGCAAUGAGAAGGAAAGACAAAUCCAAGGGUUUAUAGACAAAAGUCACAAAGAAAAGCAAGAGUUUAUUAGACAUAUGGAUAACUCGAGACAUAGAAUAAUGAUCCACUUAAACAAAUGUAAGAUGCGGAUUUUAAAUGAAGUCGAUAGAAAUUUAAAAACACAAGUCACAGAACUCGGUAGACAGCAAACGUUAUUAAGGACGACACAUCAAACACUGAAGGAAAGUAAAGAUAUCCUUCAGAAGAUAGCAAGUGAUAAUUCUAAAGCUGAUCUUUUUAGAUGCAUACUGUCCAUUAUAGAGCAGCUACAGGAAUCUCAGUUAAGUAAACCUAUGGUUACUACAAAGCGUUUUACACAUUCAGUGCAGCUGUCUCCAGCAUUUGUGUCAUUACUGGUAUCCUUGGAUACAUUUCCUAUCAUGCAAUGUAGAACACUAAGCAAUACAAAAACGUACAUACACAGGGUGAAUUUAAAUUCGAACAUGAACAAUUUCUUAGAGGCAUCAAAAGUUGCUUUAAGCAAAAACAAUGACAAAACAAAUUAUUCUAGUGCCGACGCUGAAUCAGAAGUUAACUAUUCUAACAAUCACAAUAAACAUCACGAUGCAAGUACCAGAGGAUCAGGGGAUACUUCAACCCGAGAUUUUAAAGCAACACUUUUUAAGUCAGCAGAGAGUAAACCAAAGAAUAAUGUAAAACUAAUACAUAAAUCAGACGUAACUUUAUCGACAUCGGAUGGUAAAAAAGCUUCUAUAAACGGCAUUAUAACGCUGUUUGACGGUAGUAUUGUUAUAUCGGACUGUAAAUGGUCACGGCUCAUACGAUUGAACGAAGACUUAACUUUCAGAGACUCAGCCGAACUAUCUAAGUUACCUGGACACAUGACAUCUCUAAAUGAACGAUACAUGGUUGUAUGCCUACCUACUGCCAAUCGAAUAGCUUUCAUUGCUGUAUCACCCGAGUUAAAAUGGAUGAGAAAUUUUAUCACUGAGUAUACACCAAACGGAGUUCAUGCCCUUGACGCUAAGCGUUUGCUAGUUUCGAUGGUUAAUGAUAACAAAUGGCUUCUCCAGAUUCGUACAAUCGAGGGAGAGAUUCUACAGCACAUAGGAAAAACGAGAUCAAUUCUAGAUGCUGAACAUAUUUCUUCUUUAAAAAUGACUCCAUCUUCUCCUAGAUAUUUUCUCCAGUGUUGUCAGGUAUCCUAUACAUUGUACUGCUUUCAGGCAAACGGAAAGGAAAUAUUUAAACACAGCAUUAUGUCACCAACUGGCAUACAUGUCGAUAGCACUGGUGCCAUAUAUGUGUUGGAAUCCUUUGGCAUGCUGCAUAUUCUGUCAAAAAGUGGAGUUCUCCUUCAAAAGGUACCCAUACCAAAGAAGGCAAAUGGUAUAACCUGCAAUAGGACAAUGGACAGGCUAAUCAUUACAAGGCAGAGUUCAGCUGUUCUGGGUGUUUUUAACAUUAUACACCAAUAAAUGGUCAAUGCAAAAGAAUUAAAAACAAAAGAUUGAAUUAUACAGUUCAGUUUAUUAGAUAUAAAAUUAUAAGUAGUAAAUACUAAAGUGAUUAGUCUUAUUAAGACAUUUUCUUUGUUAAAAAAAUGUUUCAUGUAUGCAUAAAACUGUUAGAUCUCCGUAUUUGUAUUGUAAAAGUAUAUUUGACUUGAAAAUCAGUAUGUUUUGCUGUGUAAUAUUAUUCAGUACUAUUUUUUCUCAUGUCAAAAUUGUUUUGCCAAUACUUAUUCUCUGGCUAACCAAUGUACUGAGUGAUAUGCCUUAUUAUAUAUGAUACAUUACAUUUAUCGCCGUAUGAACACAACUCUAAAUUGUUUUUUGUACUUUUAGCAUGUGUAAUUGUUAAUGUACUGGGAAUGUACCUCAGGCUACAUCUUAUGGGGUAUAUAUUUCUCAAUUAAUUCGGUUUGCCAGAGCGUGUAGUCAUGUCAAGCAUUUCAAUGAACGUAAUCUAUAUAUUACAAGUAAACUUCUUCAGCAAGGCUACCGUUAUUACAAAUUGCGUAAAUAUUUUCCUAAAUUUUACUAUCGUAAUUCUAAUUUAGUUUUAAAAUUCAAUAGUAAUUUAAAGACACUUCUGCGAGAAGGUAUUUCUAAACCCGUUUUUUAUGGGGAUGUGGUUUACAAACUUCGUAAGAUCUUGGGUCAUGGUAAUUUUCCAAAUGUAUUUGGUAAAAUUAUAAAACGUUUUAUUAAAAGAGGUUACGACCCAACUGUUUUGAGACAUACCGCAUGUUUAAUGUUCAACCAGUUUACAGUUGGACACUACGCUUCCCUCUUUGAUUGUGUCUGACGGAAGAGGGGGAGGACUCCCAUGAUAAGCAGUUUUUAUGCCCCCGAAGGGAGGCAUAUAGUUUUUGAACCGUCUGUGGGUCUGUCAGUAUGUCGGUCUCUCCGCAAUUUUCGUGUCCGGUCCAUAUCUUUGUCAUCGAUGGAUGGAUUUUCAAAUAACUUGGCAUGAAUGUGUCGCGCGCAAGACCCAGGUCCGUAGCCCAAAGGUCAAGGUCACACUUAGACGUUAAAGGUCAUAUUUCAUGAUAGUGCAUUGAUGGGCGUGUCCGGUCCAUAUCUUUGUCAUUCAUGCAUGGAUUUUAAAAUUAUUGGGCAUGAAUGUGUACCACAGUAAGAUGACGUGUCGCGCGCAAGACCCAGGUCCGUAGCUCAAAGGUCCUAAACUCUAACAUCGGCCAUAACUAUUCAUUCAAAGUGCCAUCGGGGGCAUGUGUCAUCCUAUGGAGACAGCUCUUGUUAAAUCCUACCAGGAGUGAACUGUUUUGAUAUCUGUCUUCUAGCCUGUUUCGUCGGGCCCUUAAGGGUGUUUCUCUUAUUGCUCUGUCUUCUGAAAAGGCAUUGAGUACAUACGUUUUUGGUUCCAAAGGUUUGCUUUUUAUAUAUUUAUACACGAGCAUUUUUGUGUUUUACAUGCCAUGCCUUUUUGUUUCCAUUACGUGUGUUAGAGAUUCACCUGGAGUGGAUUACUUUUAUUUACACUGUCCCGUGUCUUUGGAACAUGGUGGGGGUAAGAGUGAGGUUGGGUGCACACCAUAAACCGGUUCAAGCUCCCCAGUGGUGUUUUUGCCACUGACCGUUCCAAGGCCGUGCCCCACUGUGUUCCUUUGUUUGUUCGUUUUGUCCUCAUGUGUUGGCUUUGUGUGUGUGCGCGUGUAUGUGUGUGUGUUUGUGGUGUGCACGUCUGCGUGCUGUAGGUUUCGUUUUGGGGAGGCUGCGAUUUUGGUACGUGGCAUUCCCUGUUUGAUAUUUAUCUUUGUUUUUUGAGUUCUGCUCAACCCGGGGCUAGAGGGCGUGGACGGUAGCAUGCAUUUCCACUACCGUCCAUGAACAGGCUCAAUCAAACCGAGCCUGCAACAUUUUCGUUUUUACUGUGUUGAGCGACCUGUGGAGUUUCCACUUUUUCUAUUUUAAUAUCAUGAAGUUUAUUGAAUAAAGCAUUCUUCCAUGACGGUUGCCAUUUAGAUAAAAUGUAUUUGUUUAUAUUAGGCCUAAAAUCGGUAUGUGAUAAUUUCAAAUUAGAUUGUAAUAAUGAAAGGGAUUUCUUUGCUGCAGUAUCAGCAUUCUCGUUUCCAUGAAUACCAACAUGACUGGGAAUCCAACAAAAUAUGGUAGACUUUUUUAAAAAUAGUUCACGAACUCUAAAAAGAAUAUUUUGAAUGAAAGGAUUUUCCAUAUUUCGGUUAUGAAAACUAGGUCACCAGGUCAAAUCAAAGGAAAAGCUUGUUAACACUGUAGAGGCCACAUUUAUGACUGUAUCUUCAUGAAACUUAGUCAGAAUGUUAAUCGUGAUGAUCUUAAGGUCCAGUUUGAAUUUGGAUCAAGUAGGAUCGAAAACUAGGUCACCAGGUCAAAGGAAAAGCUAGUUAACACUCCAGAGACCGUAUCUUCAUGAAACGUCGUCAGAUUGUUAAUCUUGAUGAUCUUAAGGUCCAGUUGGAAUCUGGGUCAUGUAGGAUCAAAAACUAGGUCACAAGGUCAAAUCAAAGGGAAAGCUAGUUAACACUCCACGGGCCACAUUUAUGACCAUAUCUUAAUGAAACUUUGUCAGAAUGUUAAUUGUGAUGAUCUAUAGGUCAGAUUCAAAUCUGGAUCAGAUGGGGUGAAAAACGAGGUCACCAGGUCAAAUCAAAGGAAAAGCUUGU